AGACCCUCUGUUUAUACAUCCAGAAGCGUCUGGAGCCAUGCCACCGAGAAAGAGCAGAGACAAAGAGGUUCAGCCAGCCCAGGCUGACCACGCAGACGACAGUCCACUCCACUCUGAGGGCGAAAAUGAUCCCAUCACUUUUCUCCCAGUAUCACCUCUAGCAGAACGGUCCUAUGGGAAUCCAGUGUUUAAGGAGAAAGAAGCAGACCGUGGAGGUGACUUUGCUGAAUCAAGUAAUAUGUUUAGAGGUAUGAUGGAAUGUCUGGAUUUAGCAUUCAAAGAAAAGAACCAGACUAUGCAGAGGCUGGUUGAGAGUCAAGCAGAAUCCUCCAGACGUCAGGAAGAGAUAAUCAGACAGUGUAUGGAAGACAUGAGACGGGUCUUUGAGGAAGGCACUAGGGUGAUGCGAGAAACUGGGGAAGAAAGUCGCAGAACACUGCAGGCUGUUUCAGAACAAGUGGUUGAGCAAGUGCGACAGCCCAGACCUGAGAUUCCUCCUCCACAGAAUUUCUUCAUGGGUGAAGGACAAAGACAGCAUGAACCAAUGGAGGCUGCUGCUCCUGUUGCAGACCACGGCCAUCAACCUCAGCAUAGGUAUGUUCCGCCAGGUAGGAGGGGAAAUGUGGGUCCUCAUCAUCAACCCUACCCAAGGGAUUUUUUCCAGCCACAAGUUCCUCCAGCCCAGCCGGUACAGCGCGGUCUGCAGAAUCACUCAGCUCAAUUAUUCAAUAGAGAUCAGCUAAUAGAUCUGGUACAAGAAACCUAUGGACCAGCCUUGAGACCAUUGGUGCGUCCAGCCUACAGGAAGCCUUAUCCAGACAUCAUUGAUCAUGAAAAUCCUUUUCCAAGGGGUUUUAAGGUGCCUGAGUUCACUUUAUUUUCUGGUGAGGUUGGUCAGUCCACUAUUGAACAUAUUGGACGCUUUACAAUACAAUGUGGAGAGGCGUCUGGAGAUGAUAACUUGAAACUCAGACUGUUUCCUAGCUCUUUGACUGGAAUAGCCUUUACAUGUGUCUAUGGCAGAUUUGUCAAGGCUAGCCCAAAGGCUUGGAGAGUCGUCUGAGGUAUUCUUGGCUAGGUUCUGGAGAGCCAGACUGAAAUGUAGAGUUGCACUGCCAGAACAAGAGUUUGUCAAGCUGGCUCAGAAUGGUCUGGACAUUGAGUUUCGGAAGAAAUUUGAGGGGAUGGAAUUUCGAGACUUCUAUGAAUUGUCUUAUAAAGUGGCUCGGUAUGA